AUGUCCGGUGGUGAAAAGACAGAGACGGUGCUUAGAGGUAGGACAUUCACCGGAUGUUGGGCGUGCCGGUUCAAGAAACGUCGGUGUGAUGAGUUGAAGCCGAGAUGUUCGCUAUGUGUGAAACACAACGACAGCUGCUGUUACGACGUGCGGUUAAUUUGGCUGGAUGAGAACAUAUACAAGCGGGCUGGUAGACGUUCUAACAAGCUGGAAAGUCUGGCCACGUUGCGCAGUGAUACGCGGAAGAAAAGGAAAAUCUCAAAACAGAGGUUCAAGGCUCUGACGCAGUACAGGGCGCUUUCACCGCCCAACAGCGAUUGUGAGAGCGAGUGCGGGAGCGACGAUCAGUGUACCAUAAAGCAAGAGCUGGAAGUUUCGCUCGAGGAGGAGCCGCUGCGACAGGGCAGAAAGCGGACGCGGGCGAGCGACGACUCGUUCACAAUAAGCAUUAGAAGACUCAAGAUUUACGACAACGCGGUCGCGUCGGUGUAUGGCAGCUCGAAAAAUAGGCGCUAUGACCAGAAACAUGUGAACGAGGUCCUUACAGAGCUGUUGAACAAGCUAGAGCCGAGCGAUGGUAAGAAUGUCUGCUGUACGGAAGAACGACAGGGUCCGUUCGGUAAAUUUAGCGCUAGAUGCGAAUCCAAGGGGCUAAAUCUGCCUUCUCCCAACAGCCACCAUCAGCACGGCUCGGAGAGCUCUCAAGAGUCCCAGCGGAGAAAACUCUACAUCGAUAGCCUGGUUGAAAAUAAGAUCUACACUUUGCUGUGGCUAAACACCCACGGCAACAUGAUUCUGAGUCGGCUCGAGUACUGCAACUGGUUUCUUGCUUACAUGAAGCGUACUUUACCUUUUGGAUUCUGCCAGGUCUUGGAGAAGAUUAUCGACGACGCUAACCCCUUCAACAUUGCCAGUUGGAUCCAGAAGAUCAAGUCAAAGUGGCAGAAUAAUCCGGAUUGGCAGGCCAUUGCAUUCACCAUCCUGACGGUCGUCCAUGGCUACACGUGUCCCGAGCUGGCCCGUGAGCUGGAGAGAUGGUUCCAAACACAGAAGACGGUCUCGUACUCGAUGUUCCCGCUGAUUAACUUCAUCGUGCGAAACACAACAGAUUUGUCCGUGCUCCAUCAUUGCUACGAGCUCCUCAACAAUAACGACGAGAAUGUGCGGGAGACGUACAAGGCAGAGCUCACUUACGAGUUGCACGUCCUGGUGGCGGGCAAUUUGGUCAACAGGUGGCGGGACAGGAUCUUGGAGCAACUGUGCUUGUGCGAAGACACAACCCACUCGUGCUCGCAGCUGAAGUUUUGGGAACUACAGUUGAAAUACAACGAAAAAUUCUACAGAGACGUUUACACAUCCUGA